AUGGCAGCUCGGAAGAGAGCUUCUUCAGUGUCGAUUCCCAGUAAACCGGAUCCGUCAGGACCCAACGCAGCGCCGUCGGAGCAGAAGAUGACCCGGAAUGCUUCCGGUGAGGAAUUCCGACUUGCGCCGCCGAAAUUGGGAGUGAUCUUCGUGAUCUCUUCUCUUCUGUGCUCGCUCUAUCUAUACCUUCUCUGUUUUCAUUACAAGGUUGAAAACGAGCUCAGGCGCUCGAUCCUCAUUAACGCCGGGCUUAGCUUGGCUGGGUUCUUCGUCACACUCAAGAUGAUCCCUGUCGCUGCCAGAUACGUUCUCAGGCGUAACAUGUUUGGUUUUGAUAUCAACAAAAAGGGAACACCUCAAGGAGAAAUUAAAGUGCCUGAAUCGUUGGGUAUUGUUGUUGGUGUUGUCUUCUUGAUCGUGGCGAUCAUAUUUCAGUAUUUCAAUUUCACUGAAGAUUCGAAUUGGCUUGUGGAGUAUAACGCAGCACUUGCAUCUAUUUGCUUCAUGAUUUUGCUUGGAUUUGUAGAUGAUGUCCUUGAUGUGCCUUGGAGAGUGAAACUUGUCCUGCCAUCUUUCGCUACCCUUCCACUAUUGAUGGCUUACGCUGGACAUACAACUAUUGUCAUACCGAAACCUCUUGUUGCUUAUGUUGGCUUAGAAGUGCUUGAUCUAGGACGGAUAUAUAAGUUAUAUAUGGGGUUACUUGCCGUCUUCUGCACAAACUCUAUCAACAUUCACGCUGGUUUGAAUGGCCUUGAAAUUGGUCAAACAGUUGUUACCGCCGCUGCUAUUUUGAUACACAACGUUAUGCAAAUCGGAUCAUCUACUGAUCCCGAGUAUCACCAAGCUCACGCCUUUUCCAUAUUUCUUACUCAACCGCUCAUGGCAACAUCCUUAGCAUUGCUUGCUUACAAUUGGUAUCCUUCUUCAGUUUUUGUUGGAGACACUUACACAGUCUUUGCCGGAAUGACUAUGGCAGUUGUUGGCAUUCUGGGUCACUUCAGUGAAACACUCCUCAUCUUCUUUCUUCCUCAAGUUCUGAACUUUCUAUUGUCGCUUCCCCAGCUUGCUGGCAUUGUGAAAUGUCCCCGCCAUCGUCUCCCGAGGUUUGAUACUGCAACCGGAUUAUUGACCGGAACAAAAGAUGGGACACUAGUCAACGUUUACUUGAGGUUAUUUGGUCCUAAAUCAGAAAAGUCUCUUUGCAUCCAUCUUCUCGUUUUCCAGGCUCUAGCGUGCGCCUUCUGUUUCAUGCUUCGACACUUUCUUGCUGGUUGGUACAAAUAA